AUGAAAGGAAAAGAGAGUUCGAUUUAUUACUUGGAUCAAAUUACGGCAGGCAAAUAUAUGAGCAUUGUUCGUGAACGUGAUUCCAAGAAGAUUCCUGUUACUGAAUUUUUAAUAUCAGAUAUUGAGAAGGCCCUCAAAGCUGAUCAAAUCGAUUUAAUGAAACUGAGGGAAAGUAAUAUUCUCGAUUUAAAACAUUGUGCUAAUGAAGCUGCUGCUAAACAACAAGAUUUCGUAGCAAAUCUUUCAAACAUUAAAGAACAGCUUAUUGCGACCAAAAGCAAAUCCAACGAGUUAUAUGCAUCUACAAAUCAGAUUUCCACAGAUUUCGCUAAGGUUACAGACCAACUUGACGUUGCUGCUUCUCUUGUACAAAGAGCAGAAGAUAUGUCAAUUGUUAUUAGCUAUAUUCAGCAAUUUAACGUACCACUUGAGGAUCCACCAAUGGUCAAAGCACCAAAUCAACCGCAACCCGAUCCAAAUAAUCCGGAUGCUCCAGUAGAAGAAAAAAUGAUUUCAGCAUUCGAUCCACUUGAAAAACUUAUUGCCAAGGUUAAAUUCCCUUCAUCAAUAUAUCAAAGAGCUGAACUUACAGCAAAAUUAUUGAAAAUUGUCGCAAGUGCAGAAGGAGAUUUCCUUUCCAACGCGAAGACCAACCUUCAAAACUACAGAGAACACUUGAAGAGGGAACUUGUCGAACUUUUCCAACAAAAUCAAAAAGUUAAUAAAUACGAACAAGCAAAAUGCGCUGCUGCUCUAGAUUUACUUCAAGCGGAAUGCCUUGCUUAUGUCAGAUUCCGGAAAGAAAUUUUUAUUCAAAGAAAAGUAUCUUUUCGAGGAUGA